UCAUGCUGCUGCCAGGUCCAGAGUCUCUCAUGGGUCCCUGUACGGCCUCCCAUUGCUGCUGUCUCCAUCGCCACACUCUGCCAUGUGCCACUUUCAGGUCUCCUCACACUGCUGGUGUGUAGAAUUUUUUGACAUAGGGUGCUGGCAGAUUACGGGCCUCCCAUAGCUGCUGCCAGGCCCCUAAUCUGCCAUGGGCCCCUAUAUACCGCCUCCUCAUGCUGCUGCCAGUCCAGAGUCUCUCAUGGGUCCCUGUACGGCCUCCCAUUGCUGCUGUCUCCAUCGCCACACUCUGCCAUGUGCCACUUUCAGGUCUCCUCACACACUGCUGGUGUGUAGAAAUUUUUUG